UAGCAGAUUAUCCGUGGGAGGCUCCGAAGUUCAUGGUUCUGCAGGGUCGACAUUUUUGUGAUAGGAUAAUGAAGUUGAUAUGGCUGUGUUUAUUACACAGAGUGCUGUUUCUUGUCCGGAGCCUCUGACCCACCCCAGACCAUCCGGGACCAGCGCUGCACGGGUAGCCAGAGAGCUGGGUUCACCUUUGUGAGAUGAGUUGCAGGAUCCGCCUCCAUAGGCGGGGGUGAGGCUCCCAGCCAGGGGCGAGGCCAGGGAGAGCUCUGCGAGGACACGUGCUGGCUGCUGCGGGAGCGUGAAUGAAUACAGAGGGAGGAGCAGCAGCCCUGCCCCCCACGGAGCCCUCGGCUUCUACAGAGCUUCAAAAAGCAGAUGACAGCGCUUCUGCCGCCAGUAGUAUGGAGGUGACAGACCGCAUCGCCUCCCUGGAGCAGAAAGUCCAGAUGCAGGAAGACGACAUCCAGCUGCUCAAGUCGGCUCUGGCCGAUGUGGUUCGGCGUCUGAACAUCACCGAGGAGCAGCAGGCUGUGCUCAACAGGAAAGGACCUACCAAAGCAAGACCACUGGUGCAGACCUUGCCUUUAAGAACCACCGUCAGCAACGGCUCUGUGGUACCAAAGAAAGCCAGUGGCUCCCUGCCAGCCCCCUCGGGGGCCAGGAAAGAAACCGCUGUACCUGCCACAGCCAAAAGAUUAAACAGGUCUGUGAGUCUUCUCAGUGCAUGCAAACUGAACAGUUCCACACCCAGUACCAUCAAGAGGACCAGCUCUUCCGAACGGGUAUCUCCUGGCGGUCGAAGGGAAAGCUAUGGGGAUUCCAAAGGAAACCGGAAUCGCACGGGAUCCACCAGCAGUUCUUCUAGUGGCAAAAAGAACAGUGAAAGCAAACCCAAGGAGCCGGUGUUCAGCGCAGAAGAAGGAUAUGUAAAAAUGUUUCUCCGUGGACGCCCUGUUACCAUGCACAUGCCCAAAGAUCAAGUGGAUUCUUACAGUUUGGAAGCAAAAGUAGAGCUACCAACGAAGAGACUUAAGCUGGAAUGGGUCUAUGGGUACCGGGGUCGAGACUGUCGUAACAACCUGUACUUGCUCCCAACGGGCGAGACUGUGUAUUUCAUCGCGUCCGUGGUCGUGCUGUACAACGUGGAGGAGCAGCUCCAGAGGCAUUACACGGGCCAUAACGAUGACGUGAAGUGCCUUGCAGUUCAUCCUGAUAGGAUCACGAUAGCCACAGGACAAGUUGCAGGCACAUCUAAGGAUGGAAAACAGUUGCCCCCAAACGUGCGCAUCUGGGAUUCCGUGACGCUGAACACGCUGCACGUCAUCGGAACCGGGUUUUUUGACCGAGCGGUCACCUGUAUCGCAUUCUCAAAAUCCAAUGGAGGAAGCAACCUCUGCGCCGUGGAUGACUCCAAUGACCAUGUGCUGUCCGCGUGGGACUGGCAGAAUGAAGAGAGACUGGCGGGUGUCAAGUGUUCUAAUGAAGCUGUAUUUGCUGCGGAUUUCCACCCCACGGACACGAAUAUAAUUGUUACCUGCGGAAAAUCCCAUCUCUACUUUUGGACACUAGAAGGAAGCUCCCUUAUUAAGAAGCAAGGAUUAUUCGAGAAGCAAGAAAAGCCAAAGUUUGUCCUCUGUGUGACUUUUUCUGAAAAUGGUGACACCAUCACCGGAGAUUCAAGUGGCAACAUCCUGGUAUGGGGAAAAGGUACGAAUCGAAUAAGCUGCGCAGUUCAAGGGGCCCACGAGGGUGGUAUUUUUGCACUAUGUAUGCUGAGGGACGGCACGCUGGUGUCGGGAGGAGGGAAGGACCGGAAGCUCAUUUCUUGGGAUGGAAACUACCAGAAACUUCAUAAAACCGAGAUUCCAGAACAGUUUGGUCCCAUACGGACAGUGGCUGAGGGGAAAGGCGAUGUGAUCUUGAUAGGCACGACCAGAAACUUUGUUCUACAGGGCACACUGUCCGGAGACUUCACACCCAUCACUCAGGGUCACACUGAUGAGCUCUGGGGACUGGCCAUCCAUGCCUCCAAACCUCAGUUCCUGACCUGCGGGCAUGACAGGCACGCCACCCUGUGGGACGCCGUUGGUCACCGGCCUGUCUGGGACAAGAUAAUAGAGGAUCCAGCCCAGUCCUCUGGUUUCCAUCCUUCAGGGUCUGUGGUUGCAGUCGGAACACUGACUGGGAGGUGGUUCGUGUUUGACACAGAAACGAAAGACUUGGUCACCGUCCACACGGAUGGAAAUGAACAGCUGUCUGUAAUGCGUUACUCACCAGAUGGGAAUUUCUUAGCAAUCGGCUCCCAUGACAACUGCAUCUACAUAUACGGAGUCAGUGACAACGGGAGGAAGUACGCACGGGUCGGCAAGUGCUCGGGUCAUUCCAGCUUCAUCACUCACCUAGACUGGUCUGUGAACUCACAGUUCCUCAUGUCGAAUUCCGGAGACUAUGAAAUCCUUUACUGGAUUCCCUCUGCUUGUAAGCAAGUCGUAAGUGUGGAAACUACGAGAGACAUCGAAUGGGCCACAUACACCUGCACUUUGGGAUUCCACGUCUUUGGAGUGUGGCCAGAAGGCUCGGACGGAACCGACAUCAAUGCCGCCUGUCGGGCCCACGAGAAAAAACUCCUGUCCACCGGGGACGACUUUGGCAAAGUGCACCUCUUCUCCUACCCCUGCUCACGGUUCAGGGCUCCCAGCCACGCGUACGGCGGGCACAGCAGCCACGUCACCAACGUCGAUUUCCUCUGUGACGACAGCCACCUCAUCUCCACUGGCGGCAAAGACACGAGCAUCAUGCAGUGGCGGGUCAUCUAGUCCCGGCAAGAAC